AUGAGUGGAGUGGCCAAAGGAAAUCUUGGGUCAGCUGGCUGUGGGGGAGUGGCAAGGAACCAUUUUGGUUUGCUGGUCUCUGCGGUGGCACUCCCUUUGGGCCCCCAGACUAACCAUUUUGCGAAGGCCAAUGCUGCCUAUAUUGGGUUACGCAUGGCGAGCAAGGAGGAGUUCAAACGGGUAUGGCUGGAGAGUGAUUCGCUUAACACCGUCAAAUACAUUAUGGGAUGUAUAGUGCCUAGAUGGACUAUUUUAAAAUUAAUUAAAGAUUGCCUUGAAAUGAUAGACGACCUGGAGGAUUUCAAGAUCUUGCAAGUUUUCCAAGAAGGAAACGAACCAGCUGAUCAUUUGGCCAUCUUGGCAGUGGGUAACAUGGCAGUUAAAUGGUGGAAUGGAGAGGAAACUUUCACGAAAACCUUGUGUGACCUGGCAAGAAAUGAUGUCAAGAUCUGUGGCCUUUCCAAUGAAAUUUAUGAUUAA